AUGUCCAACAAUACCAGGAAGCUGACGAGGGUGGCGUCCAAGAUUGAUCGCUUGAUUCUAGACUACUUCAUCCACCAGGGACACCGCGAGGCAGCAAAGACAUUCGCAGCGGAAUUGAACAUCGAGCUCGGUGCAGCCAAGGAGGAGAGCAAAGAUGCGAAAAGUAUGCGCCAAGAAGGAGAACUACAGCUGCUGAAGUUCCAAAGGCUGCCAUUGAAGAACAUCAGCAAGCUAGCGGCUACCGAGUUUUCCGAUGCGGUUUUGAAAUACUACAGCAGCAAGAACAGGAGCAUCCCGCCCGUGAUGCCAGAUUUCAGCUCUGGCAGCUCUGGCAACUCUGGCAACUCUGGCAAAAGGAGAUUUGUCAAGGGCUACUCCACCAUCGACGAAAGACAAAAGAUCAAGUCCUUGUUGCUCCGGGGCCACGUGACAGAAGCAAUUGCCGAGAUCAAAUUGCAUUUCCCCAUCUUGUUGGACUCCAACAACCUCCUCCACUUCAAGCUACUCCGACUCAACUUGAUUGAAAUGAUUCGAAGCCACAAGUUCUCCUCGCUGAUGGAGGCCAACGAGCGGAUAUUCUUGAAUGAAGUGUUGACGUUUGUGAGGAGACACUUGAUAAACAAGAUCUCCAACCUGUACAAAUUGUUGAAGGAGCUAGAGAUCACCAUGAGUCUCUUGUGUUUCAGAUUCGACUCGACCGUGGAUUUGGAAGGGCAAAAGGAGUUGCCGCAGGAGUUGAGGAAUUUCUUCAACUUGAACUUGAGAGUCCAGGUUUUCCGGCUUGUCAAUCAAGCAAUCUUGGAUACGUACAACUCCACCGGUGGUCUCGCGCAAUUGGCCGAAAAUGCGCAAAUGAAGCUAAUUGAGGAAGUGAAGCAAAGUAUUCACAAGCCCGGAAGUGCCGAUACUACAGAUGACAAUAUUGAACAAAUGGGGUUUCGAAGCGCUCCGGGUGUCUACACGGGACCAAGAUACUGUGAAUUUGAUCUUAUGGGGUUGGAAAAUUACCAAGAUGAUGAAUUUUUUGAAGGCGACGAUGAGGAGGAGGGGGAGGGGGAAGAGGACGAGGACGACGACGACGACAAUAAAGAAAAAGAAGGAGGACAAGAGGUAAAAGAUGGAGACAAUGGGAAAAUGGAAGAUAUCAAAUACAAUUUCAACUCCAGCGCCGUGGGAAGCAGUCGACUCAAAAAGGACUCGGACGACAAAAUUCUCAAGGACUUGGACCCGAGAAACGACGAGGAGAUGGAAAACUUGCUUCGGCUUUCACUCGAGAGCAAAUUGGAGAAAGUGGUCAAGUUGUACAUCUUGACGGAACAGAGGAAAGUUGAUUUGAAGAUCGAGCCAAGCAAAAAGUAUUAUGUUUUCGACGAGUUUGUAUAA